CCCAGCAAGGCUCUGGCCCGCGUCUCCUUCCCCUCACGCAAACCAGCCGACGGAAGAGAGAGAAAGAAAGAGAGAGAGGCAGAGAAGACAGAGAGAAAGAGAGAAGAGAGAGAGAGGAGGGAGCCACAGACUCCUGUAUCUCCUCGUUUCGCGUCCCAUUGGAGGCGUCCUUGAGCCGUUCUGCCACCCCCACUCUCCAUUAAUGACCAUCCCUCCGUCCCUCCUCCCUCUCUCUCUCUCCAUUACCAUUUACUAUGGUUUUAAUGCCCAUACGACAGGGAGCACAAACCAGGAAGAGAAAAGAUAGAAGAUAGAGAAAGCAGUAAAGAAAGAAGAGGGCGAGAAAAACAAAUGAAGAAGAGAGAGAAAGAGGCAAAGAGCGCACAGCAACAGUAGUACUUGCUCUAUAUUUAAGUAUAAAGCAGCCCCACUAUCAUCUCUUGCCUUUGCCCCUCGCUCUUUUUCACUCCACUUUCUUGUUGAUGGCUUCUCCCACCGCCGUCAACGCCAAAGAGAUGGAGACGGCCAACUCCUCCUCUCCUCCUCCUCCUCCUCCGCCGCCGCCGCCGCCAUCUAUUACUACAAAUAAUACGAUGUACGUGAAGGCAGAGCCGUGGACGUUCCGGGCGGUGGUCCAGAAGCUCACCGGCGUCGCCGAGGACUCCCCUCACAAGCUCCCCGUCAGUGGGCCCCCUCGCAGAAGCCGGGCCCCACCUUUUCCCCCGCCGGCGAGCUUGCUAAAGCGGCAGAAGCUCCAGGAGAGGCGGCGGGCCCCCGCCAAGCUGGAGAUCAAGCUGGGCCCCUCCUCGGUUCGCUAUAGUAGACCUUAUCACCACCUUUGGAGUGGUAAAGCCGAGGCUGCCGGCUUCUCGUCGCCCGUUUCUACUGCGGAUCCCUUCUUCUUUAACAUCUCUUCUCCGAGUCCAACGACUCCUUCUCCUUCUUCGUUAGAGGAGGAGGGCCGGGGGGAGGAGAGAGCGAUAGCAGAGAAGGGCUUCUACCUCCAUCCUUCGCCGAGGAGCGGCGGAGAGCCGCCUAAGCUUUUGCCUUUGUUCCCCUUCCAUUCCCCCCGGGAGUCCUCUCCUCCUUAGAUCGAUCUUUCUUUCGCUCGGUCGCUGUCGAUUUUUUCUUUUAUAAAAUUAGUAGGAAAAUGCAAUUAUAUCAUUAUUGUAUAACUUUUUUUAUGAAAGAUUGUUGUAAUUAUUACUUAUUAGCAUUUUAGUACCACCGAUUGAACAUCGGGGUUACGAGGUCUUUUGGCAUUAUUUUGUUCUUGUUCCCCUUCCCCGUUUUGCAGUACGCUCGAGUACUGUCUUCACCAUUUACGUUACGUGGCACAACUCGCAAUGCAAGUACAAAUGGGAGCAAUGGGAGGGUACCAUGCACGCCCCAGCCAAGUGAAUUUUUGAGUUACUGAACUAUUUUUUUUUGU